UCCAUUGUAUAGCCUAGGUUGUAGUGAUGUACUGACUCCUUCCAUUGUAUAGCCUAGGUUGUAGUGAUGUACCGACUUCUUCCAUUUUAUCUCAAACUCCCGCCAAAACGGUGUUUCUCUCCCCUUGCUUUACUUUUGACAAGUUCUAACCUGAUGAUAACACAAAUUAAGUAUUUCUAAUCAAGUAUUGCCGCAUCUUCAGAUACAAGAAAAAUGCACAGACUGCUUACCGGUGACGUUUAAAAAAAAAAUUUAUUAUCCUCCCUGGCGUCGAUUCUCUUCUGGUCUGAUGGUGGGGAGAUUACCGCUAACGAAAAUGGUUAUUUCUUAGUUAAGUACCCUUAUAAUACCCAGGGUUUUCGUUAUUCGAAACAUGCAUUUAUCAACAAGACUUACCUGUGCGAACUUCUCAGCCAAUGGCAGGAGGCGAGACAUAUAACCACCUUCCAAAGUCUUAUCUUUCAAGAGGGUAACAAUCUAACGUGUUGUAGCCAACAGAAAGGAGAGAGAACAAAAAAAAGCGUACUUUUUCAAGAAAGUGUUCCGGAAAGACGUACGGAGUAACAAUUGACGCAGUCAGUUCUUAUUAGGCUCAAAUGUCAGUUAUUAAUUAUUUAUUUCGUUCCUACGAAGAUCGUUUAGAUAUACAAAACAUGUCUACAACUUUUUAAUCAAAUUCAUCGUAGCAGAUUAACGUUCUGUUCUAUCUGGAUAUUAAUUUAAAAUUAGCCAUGACAUUAGAGAAGUGAUAGAGUACCCACAAUGAUUGGUUGAUUCAAUCAAUUGACUUGCUGAGACUGAUGAGUACAAAAAAAUGUAGCUGUUGAACUGGACAGAGAGACGACCAGAGAUGCCACAAAAUGCAAUGUCCACACUAUAAAAAAUAAAAGACAAGUAAUUGGACAGUGCAAUGACCAGAAUGACCAUAGCGCUUGAGAUCUACAUCAUGCGACAACCGAGUGGCUGACUGCAAACGUAGCAAAAUCAUCCUUCAAAAGUACGGCCUCUUCUAUGGAAGAACACAUUGUAGAAAACGCUAGUCUACUUUGGACAGAGAACAUGGCGGCGUCCAACUUCGUCCAGAGUGCGGCCUCCAACAGUAGCUAUAACCAGGACAUGGUCUUCGUUUGGUACUACGUCAAUGGGAUCGGGGGUGUGCUCAUUUCUGUGCUCGGUGUCGCGGGGAAUGUCACCGCUGCUUUAGUUCUGAUGAUGCCAGUGAUGAGAAACUCUACCAGCAUACUCUUGGUGGCUAUGGCCAUAUUCGACAGCGUCUUCCUGGUCCUGCACUGCCUAGUCCAGAGCCUGACCUUGAUCUUCUUCUACAACGACGUCGGCGGCGGCUACUUGGUGGUUAGAGAGUUCCUGUUUAAGUACUGCAAUGCAUUGGUGCACAUUUCCCACACGGGGACCAUCUACAUGGCAGUGCUUGUUACCGUGGAGAGAGCCAUGGCUGUGUUACUUCCGCUCAAAGCUAAACAUAUCUGCACCAGGGGGCGGGCCUGGCUCGCUUCGCUAGCUGUAGCCGUUUGGUCAGUCCUUUACAACGUGCCCAAGUAUUUAGAGUUCGAAACGGACGACCAGUUGCCCGUGACUCUCUUCAGCGUCAGGAAAUCAAACUUCGGUAACAGUUACUUCUUCAACCACAUCUACGUGGUCUACUUUAACGGCGCUGUCCACUUCAUUAUUCCAGUAGGGCUCAUUGCCGUGCUCAACUUCAAGAUGGUACACACCGUAUGCUCGAGGGGCAAGCGGAUGGCGCGGCAGUCCAGCGUCCGGAGCAACAUGCAGUCCAAGCUGACCAUCAUGAUCGUCAUACUCACCGCCAUCUUCUGCUCGUGCCAGCUGCUGGCCGCGGUGCCGCUGGUCUUGUUCCCGGACGAGAACAUCGGCCGGACAGAAGGAGAGGAUACGGAGUGUCGCCUGACCUGCACGGUGGUCAGGUCGGUGGGGGAGACGGGGACGCUGCUCAACUCGGCCACCAACUUCAUCGUGUACAGCAUCUUCGGGCACAAGUUCCGACGGUGCCUCAGACAGAUGUGCUGCUACUGCUGCAGGAUGGUCCAAAGAGAAAGGUUCUUCAAAUCUUCCGGCAGGGGGUCGCCUCUCCGCUUUUCCAGCAGCAUGACCAGGCUGCAGCACAUGGAUGGCUCUUUCAGAGUGCCCAUCAGGAACAGUCGACGGAAAGUGGGCAGCGUCCAUCACUACAGAGCAACUGAAAACGGUAGUGAUGAGACCAGACUUUCGAAUACAUCAGAUCACAGUAGCAACGUUUAGAAGCGCUACAGUCAGUGACAGAUUUUAAAGGCGCUACGGUAAUGUGUAAGAGUUUAGAAGCGCUGCAGUAAUGUGUCAGAUUUUAAAGGCGCUACGGUAAUGUGUAAGAGUUUAGAAGCGCUGCAGUAAUGUGUAAUUAGAAGCGCUGCAGUGUGCGUAAGAUUCAGUUCAAAGCCGGAAAUAAUACUCUCAUCAAGUAAUGGUGGCGGAAAGUAAGUGAGAGAACUUGUGACUGUACACAAUUGUAAGGGCUGGACGGGAAGUAGUAGCCAAGCAACAAUAGGGCAGUGGUUCCCAAACCUUUUCCUGGAACACUUCGCAUAUUCUGAGAGGAAGAGGAACACUAAUUAUUUUUUUUAAAAGAGAUCAUUGACGUAGUGGCCUACUCGUUAAGUAUUCCAGUAGUUCAUGGAACAUCUCUUCAGGCCUCGGGGAACACUACAGUUCGGCAGAACACAGUUUGGGUAACACUGGCCUAGAGUUAUAUUGACUCUCCGCACUCUAUGUAACAGUGAAACAAAGUUAAGUCUAUCAAACUGUGUCUAAGUGAAGGAAUGAAAGGGCACCCAUGUUGAAGUGACGGACCAGUGAAACCAACAGAACAAGUGGCUGCGUGUUUCGGAAAGUCAGUUUAUUCUUACCAGCUCAAAGAGAUCCUACAGAAGUAGAUGAAAGACAUUGGAGUGUGAGGGAUAGAGAGAGUGACAACUGAAUGGAGUUGAGAAAUACAAAAUGAAAGAGUGAGAGAGAGAGAGAGUAAGAAAGAAACUUUACACUGAAAUAACUAAAACAUUUUCUUGUAAUGUCCUAGACGCUCUACCAGUUCAUUCAGUAUCUGUUAGAACACACAUUCAAGCGUGAUCAUGAUAACCCUUUGUAUUUAUUGUCUUCGGAUUAUGUUUAUAUUUAUGAUAGACAAUCUUCCUGUUAGAACUUUGUGUAUACAAGAAAACAUUUCCUAGACACAACUUCCAAGUGACCCUCACAGAAUUUCACACACACACACACACACACACACACAUAGAUCAAGUGAAAUCUCUUGCCCUCUACUUGAUGUUCUUCAACAGUGGUGGGACGUAGAAUAAUAACACUUCACGACCUUACUACAUAGGGCUCACUACUUCUGGUUUUAUUGUGUGUGUAGGUGUGUGUUCAUUACUAAACCAUACAGGACUGUUGCAUACAUUCAUUAGACUAUCUGUAAGUUACAAAGAUGCAUACAUUCAUUAGACUAUCUGUAAGUUACAAAGAUGUAUACCAUACACAAAGCAUAGUUGACAUACUUCCACUUAGGCUUCCACUUCUGACAGAGCGUUUAAUAGAUCGCUGAUACAACUAUUAGUCUAAUCAUUCUUCACAAAGUUUGUACAGAUAAGAACUUGAUUUCAGUUUUCUUUCUUCAAAGCACUGCUCUUUGGAUGUCGCUCACUUGACCAUAUAUCAGAAAGAACCACUUCACGUGAACAAAGGAGGGGGUGGUGGGGGGGGGCGCUACGAAUGCACAUGUAGACUCAUCAGGGAUAAAGUAAUUAGGGUUGAAAUGGAGAUGGGGCUCACCUGGCAG